AUGAAUGGUACGCCCUCGGGAUUUUUCACGACCUCUAGGGGCCUUCGCCAGGGAGAUCCGCUCUCGCCUCUCUUGUUUGUUCUCUGCACGGAGGGGUUUGCAGCCCUUCUUCGGCAGGCGAUCACGGAGAAAAAAUUAGAGGGGGUAAAAGUAGCUCCUCGUGCUCCAAGAAUCUCGCACCUAUUCUUCCCAGAUGAUUCUUAUUUAUUCUUGCGCGGUUCUCUGCAGGAGUGCGAGAAUUUGAUUGAGGUGUUGAAUGAAUAUGAGGAACUGAGUGGUCAACGCGUUAAUUUGGAUAAAUCGGCGGUGUGUUUUAGUAAGAAUAUUUCCACACCUGAUCAAGAGUUCUUGGCCACGAUUCUAGGGGUUGGUGCGGUGGGGGUCCACGAUAAAUAUCUGGGGCUUCCAACGCUGGUUGCCCGGUUCAAAACAGCUACAUUCAGAUAUUUGGAGGAAAAACUUCUAUAG